UAAAAAUGUUUGUCAUAAUUUUGCACUGAUUUCAACGAUGAUUGAAUAAAACUGUUUUUUUCUUAGAAGAGAACCACACAAUUACAGUAACUUUUCAUUUUCACCAUUUUUAUCACUUGUAGAAUUGAAUUCGAGGACUUCACUUACAUGUAUUUAAUGAACUGAUUCAAGUGACAUUACUUUUGUUAUACAAAUGUUUGCAUAGGUUUGGUAUACCCUCAGGCCACCAGGGAACGUGACCAUGCGGUCAAGUUUUCCCAAUAAUUAUGUCAGUGUAUUUUGCACACUGAACGAUAUACAAGGGUUACGCACCGACAUAACAUUACAAACCACAAUGCAUUUGCAAUAACUGCGGUUUCACGCAUUGUUGUGUAAAUCUGUCAAUCACAUUACGUCACUGUAUUGAUGUCAAGUGGCAUGCAGGACCCAUAGCAAAUGAGCAGCCAAAAUGUAUAUGGAGUAUGGAUAAUGUUCCCCUACCGACUGUUUCUGGGGUGAAGGCACAGCUGCGCAUUGGCAGAAUCUAUUUUCCCCCCACACUUUACCAAUGUAAUUAAGACUUCUGUAGCAAACAUUUCUCCGAAACUUCACGACCAAAAACAAAAUAAAGCCAACUUCGGUUAUAAUAGUUAGAUGUGAAUUCUGUUUGUGGUGACAAUGGUGUUUUCAACGGUGAUUGAAGGAAUUCCGAGAACCUUAACUAGGGUCUGUCAAAAUGUUUUUCAUAUUUCUCUGUAAAUACAUUACCUCACAUACAAAUAGUCUUUCAAAAACGGACUUCUUGAAAUCCCACGCCAUACUUCAUAUUUUGAUUUAUGUCUUGUCACAAUGGUACAACAAUCCUGUUUCCAGAACCCACUCUCAGUCCGUGCUUGGCAAGCAACAGGAAGUAAAAUGGCCAUAUAAGGUCAUACAGUUUUUAUGAAAGGCCUACCAUUGGCUCAAAGUGACGCAUCCGCUUCAAUAUAAGCUCGACGACUGUUUGGUGGUUGAGCUCACAGUCCACUAGGAGUUCGGGAUGCAUUGUGUCUGGCAGUUGGCACGCGAAAUGAUGACACCACUGUUUCAGAUGUUGGCUCAAACAGCAACAAAUGGAAACAGAAAAUCCCCGCUUGGAAAUCGUUCCCAUUAGAGCCGGCCAGCUAGCUCGAAACAGAUAUUGUCAAGCAAUCUCAAUGAAAACCAGGGACAGCUCAAACAAUCGACCUGCACAACAAUCACACGCAUCAUAGAUGGUGGACCUGCAGCCUUUGUUUCAUUUCUGGAUUUCGCGAGCGAAUGAAGUUAAGUUCACCAUGGGGUAUUUCAACAGAUCUGUGCACGGAGCUUUCAUGCUGUUUCUCCUGAUUGCCUGCAGCAAAGGAGCCACGGGGAUAUCGAUUAGCACAGACCCACAGAUCACUACGGUUAGAGAGGGAGAGACAGCCACGUUAGGGUGCAGAGUGGGAGGCAAAUCACUCGCUGAGAAGAUCCGGUGGUACCGCGUCGGGAUGGACGGUGCUUUGACGGCUAUCAGCCGGGAUAGAAACAUUGAGGUCGGGGCCACACCAGCAUCUGGUGAGUACAGUAUCGUUGGCAAUCGGCGAAGAGGCGAGUACAGCCUGCGAAUCACUAAUGCCCAUCGAACAGACUCUGGGACGUACAGAUGUGGAUAUGAGACGACAUCAAGCGUCAUCUCGGAAGUAGCGGAACUCCAAGUAGUGCUUCCCCCUGAUAUCACCUCACCGAUUUGUUUCAUGACACCUACAGAUGACUCCUCAACGGCGAUUCCUGGAUUCUUCAGGGUUGGGGAUGCUGUUCGUCUCAUGUGCACGUCUUUGGGGGGCAUCCCGAUGGCGUCUCUGACGUGGAAGCGUGGCCAGACAGCGUUGGAACCGAGUGUAAGCCGCGACGGAGUUGUCAGGGUGGAUUUGGUCAUUGAGGAAUCCGACAUUGACCGGGAAUUCACUUGUUACGCUGAUAGUCCAGCCCUGGACGCUCCGCGAUCGUGUCGCCUAACGCCCGCCAGCGCGCCUCCCUACGUUCGAAUCAUGCCCGAUUCGGCGUCCCUGGACUUGCGAGGCGGCACGACGUUUGCCUGCGAGGCGGAGGGCGCCAUUCCGGCCGAGAGCCGCUACACCUGGUCCCUGAACGGGGAAACCGUCCAGAACAACGGUAGAGAACGAUUCGUAAUCUCAAUGGACACGAAGAGUCUGACGAUGGGACAGAUCAGAGAAUCAGAUAAUGGCGCUGUGGUGGCUUGUGAGCUUAAUGUUAAUGGUAGAACAAUUGGUCGGGCUGAGGCAAGGAUCGACGUCAACGGAGUUCAAGAAACUGUGGUCGUUAUGACUACACUUCAGCCGACGACACCAUCAACAUCAGACGUGUCACUGUCAUUGUCGGUGUCACCUGCAUCUACUGGUCAGUCCACCAACCAGUCAGGGACAAACGACACGACUCACCAAAUGUCGAUGGAACUUAUCAUUGUCAGCGCGGUGGCAGGCCUCGCUGUCAGUGCCCUAGCAAUCAUCCUUAUCGUUUACAUUGUCAAGAAAAACAGGAAAGCGCGCAGGAAGAAUCAGCAAGAAUCGACUCCGAGCUCGAACGGGACAGGCCAGCCGACCGCACACCUAAGAACCAAAAAUGGCGUGCAGGUGUCGGAGGACGGCUACGCGAUGCUGCAGAAACCGACUAUCAACGGUAGCUCGAGUGACUACGAGACAGUAGGCAACGUUCUGCCAACGGUACCCAAGCCACCGCAAUCGGACGAUGAAAUGUGCUGGGAAUACGAGAUGCCUUAUUCCAAUGAGUACUGCAAAAGACCUACAAUAGCUAGCAACCCUGUUUACUUAGAAAUAACUGGGUGAAUAAUGGACAAGUAACAAUCCGUAAAAAAGUAGGACAGUGUAUCCCGCAAUUCCAUUCUUCGCUAUACUUGUGUAACCAUUGAAUAUGCAACAUAAUGUUUUCAUUAUUUUCACGCUUUGUUUUGCAAUUUUGGAAGUCAUUUUUUGGCAUCCUUGUGUUUUUAUUUACGGUAAUGUGAAUUUCCAUAUUCAUGAGCAACUAUAUGACGUCAUCACUGGGAAACAGUCAGGAUGUUGCAUUGAUUUGGACAAUUUUGACAGUCUUUGACUGUCCCUACUGGUCACAAUAGCGACGGGCUAUCAGACUACAUGUACUAAGAUAACGCAAGUUAACAAGUGUAUUGAUCAGUGAAAGUAUUAAGAUAUUAAGAUGUAUAUAAAUUUUAUUUCGUGGCUAAUAAGACUGACAGAAUCCGAUAUAAACGACAGGUGUGUACAUAGAUUAAAGACAUGGGUGAUAAUUA